AUGGGGUCGCCACUAUUCAUGUUGAUAAACUUGCUACUUGAUCCAGAUGUGUCCAAGAAAGUAGUUUUGCAAAUGGCCUGGUCUCAGGUUAAAGCAAUCGGUAUUGGUAAAGUAUUGGCUGCUUUAUUGAGUAGUUUAAUGGUUGGUGUCUCAUCUUUCAUUAGGGUACCUCAAAUUAGAAAGUUAUUAAUCAAGAGUGAGGCGGAUAGAAUCAGAGUUGCUAAAGGAUUAUCUUUGCAAAGCUUAUCAAUCGAUACGUUGAAUAAUUUGGUUCAUAUAGCAUUUAAUUCACAACAUAACAUUCCGUUUAUCAACUAUGGGGAGAGCUUAUUAUUGGGUAUACAAAAUGCACUUAUUAUUUUGUUGACAAAAUUCUACAGGUUAAGAGAAGAAGGGGAAAUACAAAAUUUGCAAAACUUACCAGUUCUAGAGCAAUUGAAGGUUAUUGCGAGAGGAUUGGUCCAACCAAUUGGUGUCAUGAUUGCUUCGGUGAUCUUCUUCACCCAAAUUGCACCAUCUAACUUAAUUUCAGUAUUGGAAAUUUUGAAUAUCCCAAUUUCAAUUAUUGCCAAAAUUCCUCAAAUUACUGCAAAUUACAGAUUAAAAACAGUUUCCCAUUUAAGUGAUGUUGUGUUGAAAGCAAACGUUGUUGGAUCAUUGAUUAGGGUUUACACUUCAUAUACCGAUUACAAGACAAAGGCAGAAAGAAACAAAAAUACCAUUGACGAGAAAAUCCUCUUGGCUGGAUAUGUAACUUCAUCAGUUAUGAACUCAGUAUUGUUGGGUCAAUCAAUUGUUUAUGACAAAUUAGGCAGAGGUAAAAGCUUGAAAGAGAGAGACUUGGGGGAGAAGGAGGAGGAAGAGAAGAAAAAGAGCAAGAAGAAUAUUUGA